GAUGUCGGCCGCCUCCGACUGCGUGGCUGUCGGCGCGUUCCAUACCCUAACCCUGUGUCUUCACCUCUGUUUCACCUUCCAUCCUCAAGGCUUCACUCAAGCACCCACUCAUCUUACACUUUCAAAGACUCAUGGGACAAACCCAAGUAUUUCUUUCUCAAGCACUCCCACCAUCCGAUCCAACGUCAAGGUUGUUUUCCGUUCUCGCAACAUCCACACUAACUACCCCUCAGAUAUCAAUGUUGGUGUCUCGUAUCACGAUCAGGUCCCGCCAGUAAAAGACCUCUCGAUGAUUUUACAAGGCCUACGAUGCAUAUCCAAGGCCACUUCAUUAUCGAGGGGUUGUCGACUCGGUAUCUUGAAAGGCCUGUUGACCUUCUGUUAAAGUCCGUUAUAUCCAGUAGCAAAUAUACAAGUGGGCAGCACCCCAUCUGCCGUCCCCGGAAACAACGAUAGGAAGCGCUAGACUGACGGAACCCCUCCUUUCUCCGCAUCAAACCUUUAACAACCACCAGUCGGGACUAGGCGAUGGAGCCCUACACGAACGUCAGAAAAAAUGCCGUUGGCUUAUGAUCCGGUGGGGAAACAUGUGCCGGCCGGGUAUUUUGCUUCAUGCGGGAUUCAGCCAGGUGGUAGUCUUAUAUAUCACUCCUUAUCGCCCACAUUUUUCGCUUUCUUGUCUGUGACGAUUUCAAAUACCUAGGUAAAUAAACUGAAGGAACAAAAUAUGCAGCUCCAGUUCUACAACAUCAUCAACGAUGAGCUCCGCGGAAGCGAAGACACUCACACCGUGACCGAUCCCCGAACAGAAGAGGAGCUCUGGCCCUGCCCAAUCGCAACCGCCUCGGACUUUGAAGAUGCCGUCGCGGCCGCCUCCAAGGCAUUCCUCACCUGGUCACAAACCAGCCUCGCCGAGCGUCAAGCCUUGCUCGUGAAGCUGGCCGACAACAUCAAGGAGCACGGAGACGAGCUCGCAGCUGUUCUCGCCAGAGAGACCGGCAAAUCCACCAUCCUCGCCAACAUCGACGUCCAAGCCGCCGUCGCCCAAUCCCUCUACUACUCCCAAAACGGCCUCUCGGACGAGAUCCAGCACGAGGACGACCACUCCAGAGUCAUCGCCACCCACAUCCCCAUCGGCACCGUCGGCGCCAUCUGCCCCUGGAACUUCCCCCUCAUCCUCUCCAACAUCAAGAUUGUCUCCUCCCUCGUGACGGGGAACUGCGUCAUCGUCAAACCCUCCCCCUUCACCCCUUACGCCGUCCUCAAGCACAUCGAACUAGCCAGGGGGAUCUUCCCCCCGGGCGUGCUGCAGGUGCUGAACGGGGGAGCGGAGCUGGGGGCGGCGAUGUGCUCCCACCCGGGGAUCCACAAGAUAUCCUUCACAGGGCAAACGUCAACCGGGAAAAAAGUCAUGGCUGCGUGCGCAAAGACUUUGAAAAAGGUCACGCUUGAGCUGGCGGGAAACGAUGCUUGUAUUGUGCUUCCUGAUGCAGAUCUUGACAAGGCGGUGCCGAGCAUCGCUUCUGGGGGUUUCUUCAACGCAGGUCAGGUUUGUGUCGCGAGUAAGAGGAUCUACGUCCACGAGAGCAUUUAUGACGAGUUCCUGGAGAGGUUGGUGAGGGAGGUGGAGGAAAAGUAUCAGGUCCAGGAGGAUGGGACGGUGCCGAGCGUGUUUGGGCCGGUGGACAAUAAGUUGCAAUUUGAGAUUGUCAAGGGGAUUAUUGAGGACUGCAAGAGGAGGGGGUUUGACAUCAGGACGGGGGGGAAGACAGUUAAUGUGGCCGAGAGUGGGAAGGGGUUUUGGUUGGAGCCUACGAUUGUCAGUCGGCCGGAGGAGGGGAGCUUGUUGGUGCAGGAGGAGCAGUUCGGGCCGGUGUUGCCGAUUUUGGGGUGGAGUGAUGAGGAUGAUGUGGUGAGGAGGGCGAAUUUGGCGAAUGCUGGGUUGGGCGCGUCGGUUUAUUCGAGGGACUUGAAGGAGGCGGAGAGGGUUGCCAGGAGGUUGGAGGCGGGGAGUGUUUGGAUCAAUCAGAGUGAGAGGCCGAACUUUGCAGCUUAUUUCAGCGGGAUCAAGGAUUCUGGCUUUGGGGGGGAGAUGGGGAGACAGGGCUUGCUGAGUUAUGCUUACACCAAGUGUUUGCAUUUUACAAAGUGAGGGAUGAUGAUGUGAUGGGUUACCCAUGUGGGUGUAGCUACUUUAUCAUGAGCAAUCAUGAACAGGGGAGGUCAACCCGAGGCAGCACCAGCCCCUCUUCCCCAGAUUUUGAGCCUUGGCAAUGAGGAGCUUCCCCACAAAUGGAGGCGGGCAGCGUGCCAAGAACCCGCUCAAGUGUGC